AUGGUCAAGUUUUCCCUCUCUUUUUAUCCGUUCAUUCUUCUAUCCCGGGCAUUGAGGGAUUUUUUUCAGCUGGUGUUUUGCAAAGGAGAAUGUGUCUCCCUAUCGAAAGGGAAAUGUGCUGGGGUGUGCCAAGGAGUUGGUGGGCACAAAAGGUGCGAUUUCCCCCAGGUUCCUGUCCUGUUUGCCCACACAAUAUCCCCAGCGCACACGCACCUUCUUGUCUCCAACUUGACAAGGGAGGAAGUGAAGAGCUUGAGAUAUUUCUGGUUCAUCUUAUCGCCCGCGGUCGUAUUCUUCCCAAUAGGAGGGGUGACUGGCAUUGUGUUGUUCAAAGUCCUGGUGGACAAAUACGGAAGAAAGAGUCUCUUGCUGUUGAAUAACAUCUUGACUUUCUUCGCCUCGGUUUUUCUCUGCAUAUCCAAUAGCAUCCAUCUCUUCAAAUUCACCCUGUUUGCCAAUUUCAUAAUUGGAAUAUCUUCAGGGAUCUUUUCCUGCUGUGUCCCCCUGUAUCUCUUGGAGGUCUCUCCCACUCCCAUAAGAGGAUUCAUGACUACAACUUCAGCCUUCUUCUUCAGCCUCGGUGUUUUGUUAGGCCAUACGCUAGGACUUCCGCAGAUUUGGGGGAACAAAGAAGGUUUCCCGCUCAUGGCUAUUGUACUCGGUGUCAUUGCUACCAUUUGCAUUUUGCUCCUCAUUAAUUGUCCGGAAAGUCCUCGGUUUAUUUUUAUCCAGAAGAAGAACGAAACCAAGGCAAGAGAAGUUUUAAGAAGCUUGAGGGUCCAAGAGGACGUGGGGAACGAGAUCCAGGAACUCCGGGAAGAAGAACUGUACGAAGUUCUGGCCAACGAGAAAAAGAUGACACUCUGGAAAUUUUUACGUGUUCCGAAAUUCCGGUGGUCCAUAGUCACCGUCGUCGUGUUGAUGGCCGGAAGUCAACUUUCCGGCAUCAAUGGGAUGUUCUUUUACACCGAGAAAGUCUACAUAUCGAUGGCGUUACCCAGGUCUGUCUCAGAUAACAUUUCUUCAGGCAUCCACAUCGUCAACAUCAUCAUCGUGGCCAUUGCGAUCAAUUUGGUUGAGGCGUGGGGCCGGCGCGUUCCUCUAAUCAUGGGUUUUAUGAUCUGUAGCAUGACCUGCAUCCUUUUAACCUUCACACUGGAAUUCCAGGAGCAGAACUAUGUAAUGGCUUUCCUAAGCCUGGUUUUAAUUAUUAUCUUUUUAAUUGGACAUAUGCUAGGACCAGGUCCGAUCCGUUUGGUCGUUCUGGGAGAGCUUUUCCUGCAGUCGACCCGCGCCACAGCCUUCACCGUUGGAUACUCUGUCCUGUGGUUCACUCGGUUUGUCUCUGGCCUGAUCCUGAUCCAGCUGGAGUUACUCCUGGGCCCCUACUCUCUGCUGGUCUACUGGCCCUUCUGCGUGGCCACCUUCAUUUAUCUUUUCAAGAUGCUUCCCGAAACGAGGGGCAAAACCUUUGUGGAGAUCCAAUUGGCCGUAGGAGAAAACAAGUGAAACCAAAGUCCGCACUGAAUCGAUUUAAAAGAAAUGAUGGCUGGUUUAUAAACAGCGGCCUGCGGGAUGCCUCAUGGCGGCCUUUCCGUGUGUGUCACCUGAUGUUCCUUUAUUUUUUUUUGGGAGUGGGGGGGGGAAGAUAAAUUACUCGUAGAAGGUCUGCUUUUCCCUCUGGAUCUCAGUUCUUCCGUUCCAUCAGGAUACGCAAACCAAGAAUUUGGCACGACGUAUUUCCUUCUGCAGAUUUUUCUGGGAUAACCCGCUAAGAACUCAAAUAGAUCUCUGUGGAAGAUCAGUCCUCUGUGCAUCGGGAUGUGCCUUGGGCACUUUCACAAAAUGGCUACCGAGGUGGGACGUGGCUGGGAGGAGAGCCACGCGUGUCUGUGCAACCGUCCCUGAAUUUCACGACCCAAAUCUGUCUUUGGAGCCUCACUUUGCA